UAGCUAAUAAAAGCCAGAUAAUUUAUAGUUCUACCUCAUCUGGAACAAAGUUAUUUAAAUUGGACAGUUGAGGUUAGUAAGGCUCACCCUCCUCCUCUUACGCCCCCUCCCCCUUCACAACCUUCAACACACACAUAAAAAUACAUCCUUUCAUGAAGUGUGAUUGGAAGCAAAACAGUUAAAACACCCUCAAGAAAUGUACCACGUAUGUCUAAGGUAUCUUUUUUGUCAUUAGAACAAUCGUGGUACAAAUGUGAUAACGCCCUUCUCACACCAUUGAGGCAAAAUUAUCGUGAUAAAGUUUACGUUUUGCUAUUUUUACUUUAAUUAAGAAAGCCACAAAAGGGAUUCUUAUACGCAAAUCGAGUUUCUAAAGUUUAAAAAUUUAUGUUGUUUUUUUCAGACCUCCACAUAGUAACAUCUUUGACUAUUUCAUUUAAAAAAAACGCAGAGGCAGAUAGAUACACAAGUAUUCAACUACCUCUCGCUGCUUCACUUAAUAAAAAAGAUGAAGCUCGGAUUGUUCGAAAUUGCAGUUGCUGCAUUUCAAAUACUUUUUGUAAGGUGUGGUUAUUAUACUCAGGAUGAUGAAUUACCUGAUGGAGGUGUAACAAAGUAUUUGAAAAGAGAAACUAAAAUAAGCUGUUUGUUAAAAUGCGAAAGAGAUGAGGAUUGUGACAACAUCAUGUUCAAGUUGCAAAAUAAAGAGAUGAUGAAUGGAGAGUGCUGGUUUGUGAAAAAGAAUGCAACUGAUACAGCAGAAGAGAUACAAAAAUUGAAAAAGGACAAAGCAAUUGAAGGCUAUAAGGCACUACCCACAAAAGCUUUUUGUAACUUUGGAGAUCGUGUCAUGACAAAUACUUCCAAAGGAAUGUGCAAAUGCAAAGGUGAUUGGAUUUUAUUGAAACGCAAUGUCUGCUUUGGAGCACGUGCAAACGAGUAUGGAACAUUUAAAGUACAACAUGACGCAGUAAUGACUGACAUAAAAUUGGUACAUGUUGGUGGACCCGGUGUAAGCUGCGAAGAAACCCAACCAUCAACAAAAUGGGGAUGUGAUCACGUGUCCUAUUUUAAUGUGGAAAAUGUUGCAGCUGUUAUUACAGAUGAUCAAAACAACCUACUUUACCCAUCUAUUGAAAAUUAUGCCGGUCAUGGAUUCUUUACUGUACCAGGAUACAACGCCAACUCUCCCUACCUCAUCUUCAACGCAACAAGUCACACUGUUCACAAAGGACAAGAGCUGAGAUUGCAUUAUGGUGAAACUCUGUUUGGUUUAUACCUCGCUAAUAACAGUGGUGAAUCAUGUGCAGAUAUUUAUGCGAAAUUGUGUGACGAAUAAUUUUUUUGGUGAAUAAUGCAAUUCCUUCAGUCUGAACUACAUAGAGAAAUAAUGUUCUUGUUUGGUGGAAAACUAUUGGUUAGAUGCGAUGAUUUUUUUUCUUAAACUUUGAAUGAAGAAAAUUGAUUACGAUAAACAUUUUGUAUUAAAUUUCUAUGUAUUUACACACAAAUAUUGAAAGAAGUUAAUUAGUUAAAAAUCCCUUUGUAAAUCCAUGUUACAAUAUUACGGCUGCCAAUGUUUAAUGAGGCAUUCAGAAUUAUCCAGUCGAACUUUAACGACGCUCAGCUGAGUCUCGAUGUCUUAUGCUAAUUUCGAUGACAACAUUUAAUCGCGCAGUAAAAGAAAGUUUUUUUCGAUCCCAGCAGUAGUUAUUUUGUUGUUUUAUCUCUGUGAUUUUUUUUUAUUUAUUUAGUAGUACAUUUUUCUACUAGAUAUAAAAUGUAUUAUAGUUGCACAAGGUUAUAAAAUAUAUUCCUAAGAAUUCAGCAGUAUUUUCAGUGACUUUAGAAAUACUUUAUUUAACUUUUAAAUCCAUUUGUGAAGUAUUUAAAAAAGGAGUCGUUGUACUUAUUAUUCUUAUCGUCUUAUCAUUUUCAGCACUAUUUUUCUUUUAGAAUUGCUGCUCUGGCUAGAGAUAUUUUAGAACCUUUUACAGCCUGAUAAGUUCUUAUAGCGUUCUUAAUGCUAAAAAGCAACUUCAGAAGUUUAUCAAAAUAUUUUCUUAUUCAUUUUGUUCAAGCGAAAAUAAGAGCCUUAUUUUCUACGUAAUCUCUUCAAGCGUAUGCGUAUCUGGCCUCGAUUACUACGAAAAUAAGUUACAGUAACACGCUCUUUAAAUUUGUCAUUAUUCACUGAUCAAUGUCCACAGAAAAAUGAGAAAGAUAAGCCACAAAAGGCUAUUUAAACAAACGUUAUAUUCAAGUUGUAGUUUCAAAGCAGACGAUUCACUUGUUAUUUUAUGGCAAAUUUCAGUCUCGGUUGCUCUUAGUUUGGUAAAACCUGCGCACUGUGUUCUUAUGAAACAAGCGUGCAUGCGUUU